GUAAAAGGAAGCUAUUUGCAAGAAUUUUGACUCAGUUAGCUGUAUUGAUUUUAUCGGAUUUCUAUACAAAGCACAAUACAAUAGAACUAUAAGCCCAUUAGCUAAGUACAAUUGCUAUUCAGGAUUAUGAACGAAACAAGAUGGCAGGAACAACAGAUCCAAAGAAGUAUAUUUUAAUCCCUUAGAACUGUCGAUAUGGGUUGCACUUCAGUAAAUAUGUAUAUCAAAAGUUUAUCUGUCUUCAACAAAUGCUGAACAAUUAUGGACAUUUGUGAUAUAAAAAACAGAAUAAUGAUGUGAUGGAUUUAAGAAAAGAAAAUAUUUGAAAUAGAUUUAAGCAAUAGUAUGAUCCAGGGUACAAGCUCAUUACCUGGUGGGGAUGUAUUAAUGAGCUCUGGGGAUAAGACAUACAAGAUAUCUCAUAUGAGAAAUGACAGUACAAUUAUGGAUAAUUUACUAGAGUUUAGUGAUAGAGCCAUUAUUGAAGCGGAAGAAUCUCGAAAUGUUGUUUAUUACGAGGGGUGGUCAGAAGCUGUAAUUGGCUGGCAAUAUGCAAUCGCUGAUCCAAAAUAUGAGGCCCAUCCCCCUGUUGCACACACGCAAAUUAAAAAACGCAAAGGACAAAAAAGUCAAGAUGAUUUUCAUGUUAAUUACAAUGAGAACAGUCAGUCAGAAGUCAAGGACAAAUAUCAUGUUGAUGGUACGAGAGAAUGGCCUCAGCAUGAAUUACCGAUCUGGAAAGCAAAUGUUGAAUCAGAAACCUACAGAUAUAUAACAAACAAUGGCACGUAUAGGGCUUCCAAAGCUAAUAAGGAGCGUUUAGAAGCUCAGAGAUUGGCAUCCAAACAACGUGGUGAAAAACUGACUCCUGAUCAGAGACAAUUUCAAAAAGAAAUCCAGCGUGAUUUGAAAAGAGAAUUGGAAAAUACUCCUGAGCAUAAAAAAUCAGAAAUGAAAAAAGCAACAGAACAUUCACAUAGUAUUCCAUCAGGACCUGUACCACCCAAUAUAAAACUUGAUAGUCAUGCUGCCAAAGAAAACUGGCAGAUCUAUGCACUUAUGAGGCAGAACCGAGACAUUACAACACCGCUAGCAAAAGGUGAACGGGGAAUUCCUAGUGAUUUACCACAGAACAUUGAGCAUCAUGUUCAACAUCCAAUUACCAAACCGGAGCUAGCCCAAACUAAACUCAGUCCAAAAAAAUUUUAUGAAGACACUCUGUUCUCGAAAGAUGCACAAAAACGAGACAUAAGUGAGGGUUUGGAAUCAAUGAACUCUUCAAAAAAGGAAAAGAUCCAACAAGAAGAACUAAUUGGCCGACUAGAAUUGAAAUCUGAAUCCAUUUCUAAAGUUGGUGGACCCAGGGUGAAUGGCAAAUCACUUAGUGAAAAACUCAUUGAAACUUUCUCAAGUAAAAUAUCAGCUUUGGAAGAUGAGAUAAAAAGAGAUUCACAUUUAUUUAAAAAGAGUUCUGAUGAUACAAACCCUUACGCUAGAGGUCGGUCUGACCAAAGAUCAGUUAAUCGACGGGAUACUAAAUCAGACACAAGCAUUCAUCCAAGGAUAUCAUACAGUGAGAAUAAUUCGGCGGAUAUGUUUUCAGUCAAGCAAAUUUCCUCGCAAAACCCAGGCCCUGUGCUGCAGCCGCUUCGUAAAUUAACCCCCAAGCAGAGACAGCUACAGGAGAAUAACAUAGCUAUGUCACAUAUAAAAUACACUACAGCAUCAGGCCAAAUGAUUACAAUACCGACUUUUACAAAUGAAGAUGCAUCGUUAAAUGUUCCAACUUCAGUUUUAGAGAAUAUCAUAGAUAUGGAGAAUGUGCGAGGGUCACAAGGCCACCCCAUUGACGUGCACACCUCAAAGGAAUCACUCAAUAAUGCAUUAUGUGUGAGCCCUGUAAGGAGGGUGUCAAAACAAAUAGAACAAUCAGCGCUGCUGGCAUCCGGCUCCAAGCCGAUUCACAACAACCAGUUCCAGCCAGUUCCGAUUGGGGGAAGCAGGGGCAAUGCUACAGAACCAAUUCUCGCCAAAGAAAAUUUAUCCGAGGCUCUCCUGCCGCAAAUAUCAGGAAAGAGACUCGAGGUAACCACGGUAAAUCACAGAUUACUGUAGAUUGUCAGGGUAUAGUUCAUGUUAAAGUCAAGAGAAAAUGAAUAUCUGUGCACAGUGAAACCUGUACAGUGGA